AUGCCCAUCCCGCCCUCCUCGUUCACGUCCUUCGCGAUGAGCGUGACUGGCUCGCUCAUGACCGGCGUGACGGGGAUUUUCUUGUCAAGGCAGGCGGAUAUGAAUUUCCACUUGUCCUCUAGGUCGAAAUCCUUGCUCUUCGUGGCCAGAGCUGUCAUCGACGCGAGCCGGCAGUUGAGCUGCCAGAGCUGGAUCCAGUCGGUGGGGGCCAGCAGCGAGCGCCGGAAGCACUCCGCCGCCGACUCCUCCAUCCCGCGCAGCCUACGCCACCACGAGCCCCAGAACGCGACCGUGGGAAUGACGAAGAGGAUGGCUGCAACGGCCGAGGCACGAGACCGCGCCCAAAACGACAGCGGCACGCCGUAUACCCCCGUGGGCACCGUCACGUUGCGAAGAUUCGUCAGCAUAUCUUGCUGGAAGGUGCCCGCCCUGUAA